ACUUUUCGUCGCCCUGACCUCCUUUUCGGCCCAUGGCGCCUGCUGCCUCCCGACUGCUUGGAACAGGAGUCGCCCUUGGCCUCGCAACCACUUUCGUGGCCCCCGGCCACCCCAAUGCCCAGAGUGCUACCUUGCGAGGUUCCAAGGUGGACACUGCAGCCACGCAGAGCAACAGCAUCAACAGCCACCUUGCAACCUUGGCCGCAGCUGGAGUGAGCCUGGCAGCAAUUGGUACAGCCACUAGCCGCAACCGUGUGCAGCUGAAGUCAGCAUCUCAAGUUGCAGAGACUGCAACACCUCCACCAUUCCAGCCAUCAGAGCAGUUUGGUGCAACCGAACCCUUGGGAUUUUUCGAUCCCCUAGGCUUUACUGCCGUCGGAGAUGAGAAAGGCUUCCGGAAGUUGCGUGUCUCUGAAAUCAAACACGGACGAGUAGCAAUGAUGGCAUCCGUUGGACUUGUGGGUCAGCAUUUCCUGAAGUUCCCUGGCUUCGAAAAUUCACCGGCUGGUUUCUCCAUCAUGGGCAGGGGAGAAGGUGUGCUUGGCUUCUUCGCCAUCUUCCUUUUGUCCGGAGUCUUGGAGCUGGCAUGGAGGGAGGACCCAAGUGGUGAGAAGGAGCCUGGCAACUAUGGCGACCCCUUCGGUGUUCAGAUGUACAAUGACGAGAUGAGAAUGAAGGAGCUCAACAACGGACGUAUGGCUAUGAUCUCUGUGCUCGGUAUCUUCGCGGCAGAAUGUGCAACUGGCAAAGAUGCGAUUCAGCAGUUUGGUCUUCCAGCACUGGGUGCCGGCAGGUUUGUUUCCGCUUCUUCACGCACCAGCUUCACAGGAAAGACAUCCUUGCGAGGAAAUGCUCAGCAAUCCGUGAUGCGUAGGGCUGAAGCAGUUGUGGAGGAUGUGCCCCCACCACCAUUCCAGCCAUCAGAGCAGUUUGGUGCAACCGAGCCCUUGGGAUUUUUUGAUCCCCUAGGCUUUACUGCCGUCGGAGAUGAGAAAGGCUUCCGGAAGUUGCGUGUCUCUGAAAUCAAACACGGACGAGUAGCAAUGAUGGCAUCCGUUGGACUUGUGGGUCAGCAUUUCCUGAAGUUCCCUGGCUUCGAAAAUUCACCGGCUGGUUUCUCCAUCAUGGGCAGGGGAGAAGGUGUGCUUGGCUUCUUCGCCAUCUUCCUUUUGUCCGGAGUCUUGGAGCUGGCAUGGAGGGAGGACCCAAGUGGUGAGAAGGAGCCUGGCAACUAUGGCGACCCCUUCGGUGUUCAGAUGUACAAUGACGAGAUGAGAAUGAAGGAGCUCAACAACGGACGCAUGGCUAUGAUCUCUGUGCUCGGUAUCUUCGCGGCAGAAUGUGCAACUGGCAAAGAUGCGAUUCAGCAGUUUGGUCUUCCAGCACUGGGUGCCGGCAGGUUUGUUUCCGCUUCUUCACGCACCACCAGCUUCACAGGAAAGACAUCCUUGCGAGGAAAUGCUCAGCAAUCCGUGAUGCGCAGGGCUGAAGCAGUUGUGGAGGAUGUGCCCCCACCACCAUUCCAGCCAUCAGAGCAGUUUGGUGCAACCGAGCCCUUGGGAUUUUUUGAUCCCCUAGGCUUUACUGCCGUCGGAGAUGAGAAAGGCUUCCGGAAGUUGCGUGUCUCUGAAAUCAAACACGGACGAGUAGCAAUGAUGGCAUCCGUUGGACUUGUGGGUCAGCAUUUCCUGAAGUUCCCUGGCUUCGAAAAUUCACCGGCUGGUUUCUCCAUCAUGGGCAGGGGAGAAGGUGUGCUUGGCUUCUUCAUCUUCCUUUUGUCCGGAGUCUUGGAGCUGGCAUGGAGGGAGGACCCAAGUGGUGAGAAGGAGCCUGGCAACUAUGGCGACCCCUUCGGUGUUCAGAUGUACAAUGACGAGAUGAGAAUGAAGGAGCUCAACAACGGACGCAUGGCUAUGAUCUCUGUGCUCGGUAUCUUCGCGGCUAUGAUCUCUGUGCUCGGUAUCUUCGCGGCAGAAUGUGCAACUGGCAAAGAUGCGAUUCAGCAGUUUGGUCUUCCAGCACUGGGUGCCGGCAGGUUUGUUUCCGCUUCUUCACGCACCACCAGCUUCACAGGAAAGACAUCCUUGCGAGGAAAUGCUCAGCAAUCCGUGAUGCGCAGGGCUGAAGCAGUUGUGGAGGAUGUGCCCCCACCACCAUUCCAGCCAUCAGAGCAGUUUGGUGCAACCGAGCCCUUGGGAUUUUUUGAUCCCCUAGGCUUUACUGCCGUCGGAGAUGAGAAAGGCUUCCGGAAGUUGCGUGUCUCUGAAAUCAAGCAUGGACGAGUAGCAAUGAUGGCAUCCGUUGGACUUGUGGGUCAGCAUUUCCUGAAGUUCCCUGGCUUCGAAAAUUCACCGGCUGGUUUCUCCAUCAUGGGCAGGGGAGAAGGUGUGCUUGGCUUCUUCACCAUCUUCCUUUUGUCCGGAGUCUUGGAGCUGGCAUGGAGGGAGGACCCAAGUGGUGAGAAGGAGCCUGGCAACUAUGGCGACCCCUUCGGUGUUCAGAUGUACAAUGACGAGAUGAGAAUGAAGGAGCUCAACAACGGACGCAUGGCUAUGAUCUCUGUGCUCGGUAUCUUCGCGGCAGAAUGUGCAACUGGCAAAGAUGCGAUUCAGCAGUUCGGCUUUUGAGUUACUUGACGCUUUUCUCUUCCAUUCAUUGUACAGUGUUGCAUCAUCUCAGGGACAGUUUGUGCGAAUUUCGUCCAUGCAGAAUCGCAUGUAGACCUUCUUUUACUUCAGCUGAAACCAGCUCCAUAUAGUUAGGGAUAGUUCCAGACUUCCAGACCUGGCAAGAAAAGAGCCCA